AUGUGUAUUCCAGUACCCGGUGACGAAGACACACGAAGUUUCAGGUUUGCCUUGUGUGAGGCGGCGCAUGAACAUCUGACCCCCAUCAGUGGAACACCCAGGAAGUGGAACCUUGUAUUGACUCAUGUCCCGUGGAGGGGUUCCCCAAAAGCACAUGCCCCUCACAUCUUCAAAGAGAAGUUUGAGGAGCUGCCGUCCAUCGCGAGUCCCCUGAUUCCCCCCUCUCUGCCGCUGUUGGCCAGGGCCCCGGAGCUGCUGGCGGGGGAGAGAGAGCGGAGCCCACCCCCAGCGCCUGGAGCCUGCCUCAGACACAGCCACACUGCAGGCUGCACUGGAAGAGGAGACGAGCAGAAGACAGACGCAGUCCUCGGGCCGCGGCCAGACGUCGCCGAGACAUGGACAGAGUAA